AUGGCAACAACUCACCCCAAAUUAGCCGGCCUGGACCUUAUCCAAACCACCUACAAAAAAGUCAACGACCACGAGAUCAGAACAGAUAUUCUGAUUCCCCAAAAGCCCCACACAGGGAAAAGACCCGUCCUCAUCCGCUUCCAUGGCGGCGGUCUGGUCACCGGCGACUCCCUCCUAAUGGACUGGUGGUCUCACUGGGUCACCGACCUAGCCAUUGAAAGCAAUGCGAUAAUCAUCAGUCCAAAUUACCGACUCCUACCAAGCGUGACAAGCGCCCAGAUCUACGAAGACAUCAAUGAUUUCUGGACAUGGGUCCACUCAUCCAAAUUCACAGAUCUGCUCACUGCACACUCGACCCCCACAGAGGCUGAUCUCGAUCGCAUCUUGAUGGCUGGUGAAUCAGCAGGUGGACUAUUGAGUAUUUCCCUUGCGCUUGCGCAUACGCGCAAGAUUCGCGCUUGUACCGCUGCGUAUCCGUGUGUGGACCUCUCUGUUGAGGCAUACUCGAAGCCGCGGGAUGCGUUGCCCUAUGGCGUUGAUACUCCCGAGAGUGUCUUUGAUGAUGCUCUUGCUUCGUUUGUGGAUGUGGAGAGCUCUGCUGAGAGUGAGCGGAGGUUGGGAUUCAUGCUUGCUGGUGUUCAGUAUGGGAGAUUUAAGGAGCUCUAUGAUGCUGGGGUUGAUGGGGAGGUUGAAGUGAGGUAUCCGCCUGUGAAGCUUGAGAAGAACAAGGAGGUUCCCGCUGGUGGAAUUACUAUCAUCCAUGGGAAGCAAGAUAGUGUUGUUCCGGUUGAGGAGAGUGAGAAAUUUGUUGUACGGGCUCGAGAGGUGUUGAAGGGGAAGCCCGGUGGCGAUAGAAUUUCUCUGACGGUAAAGGAUGGUGAGCAUGGGUUUGAUGCUGAUCUGAGAUAUGAGGGCUGGUUGAAGGAUAGCCUUCAGGGUGCUGUUACUGCUUGGUUGGAAUGA